AAAAAAUAUAUAAAAUGUAUAAAAUGAAAAAAAAUAAUAAUCAACGUCAUUUUGACUCUGCCAUCCCUUUCCCGUUUAUGCAAAAAGUUAUAGACAACAAAAAGUUAUCAUUUUCUCGGGGGGUCUUAGCACAACAAGUGAAAAAUAUACAACAUUCGGAGGAGGACACUGGAGGAGAGAACAACAACAGGUCAGCCAAACCAGAAAGGUGAUAUCGGAAUAAGCAACUGCAAGAGCAUAGAAGGAGUGUAGUGAUUUUGUUAGACAGAGACCCAACGAAGGCCAGAAGCUCCUUCGCGUUGAACAAAAGCUCCGAACUCAUUGCUUUAAAUAUUUAAAAAACGUCUUUUUGACAUGAGUUGCAGCCUAUUCAGUGCACUCACGUAAACAAGUACUCUUGCUUCCUCAGGUCUUAGAGUGGCAUAUUAUUAAGUUUCAGUGUUCAGUGAAAGAAAUGAAAAGGGAUAUGCAAAAACUGAAGGGUUAAAAAGAGAUGGUUGCAAGCAAUUCCUAUCUCCCUAAUGCUCCUUCUUCUCUUCUUCCAAUCUCAAUUCACGAGUUCCAAAACUCUAGUCAGCACCACUCCCCCACUUUGAAAUUCACCCAACUCAGACCAAAAUCAAAUGUGUCUUCUUGCAUCAAACAACAGAUCAACCUCAGUGAAACACAGCAACUCCAAGGUCACUUCAUCAAAACCAAUUCCAAUCGGAGUUUUAGAGUCCCUUUUGAAGCACUGAAAUGUUAUUCUAGCAAUGAAGCAAUUUACGGCUUCCUAAUUACAUCUUACAUAAAAAACAAUAGCCCAGAAGAUGCGGCAAAAAUCUAUGGCUAUAUGCGUAGAACAGACACUGAAGUUGACAAUUUUAUCAUACCCUCGGUUCUCAAAGCAUGCUGUCUUAUCCCUUCUAUGUUGCUAGGACAAGAGUUGCAUGGUUUUGUGGUGAAAAAUGGCUUUCAUGGGGAUGUUUUUGUGUGUAAUGCUUUAAUCAUGAUGUACAGUGAAGUUGGAAGCUUGGAUUCGGCACAACUUUUAUUUGAUAAGAUUGAGAACAAAGAUGCUGUUUCUUGGAGUACUAUGAUUAGGAGCUAUGAUAGGAGUGACUUGUUUGAUGAAGCAUUGGACCUUUUGAGAGAUAUGCUUGUAAUGGGAGUGAGGCCAAGUGAAACUGCAUUGUUAAGCAUCACACAUGUCUUGGCAGAAAUUGCUGAAUUGAAAUUGGGAAAAGCCAUGCAUGGUUAUGUGAUAAGGAAUGUGAAGUAUGGGAAAUCAGAAGUUCCUCUAAGUACUGGUUUGAUUGAUAUGUACGUUAAAUGUGGAAAUUUAGCUUAUGCAACAAAGAUUUUUUAUGGCUUGUCUAAUGCUAGUAUCAUUUCAUGGACUGCUAUGAUUGCAGGCUACAUUCGUUGCAAUAACUUGAAUGAAGGUGUAAGACUCUUUGUCAAAAUGCUUGAAGAGGGUAUGUUUCCAAAUGAGAUAACAAUCCUUAGUUUGGUCAAAGAAUGUGGCAUUGCAGGUGCUCUUGAACUAGGAAAGUGGCUACAUGCUUUCACAUUAAGAACUGGGUUUACCAUGUCUUUGGUUCUUGGCACUGCUUUUAUUCACAUGUAUGGCAAAUGUGGUGAUGCUAAAAGUGCAAGAUAUGUGUUUAACAGCUUCAAGAGCAAAGAUUUAAUGAUGUGGAGUGCCAUGAUUUCAGCUUAUGCACAAAACAAUUGUGCAGAUGAAGCCUUUGAUAUCUUUGUACACAUGACAGGUUGUGGAAUAAGGCCAAAUGAGAAAACCAUGGUUAGUCUCCUUAAGAUAUGUGCAAAAGUUGGAUCACUUGAAAUGGGCAAGUGGAUCCAUUCUUACAUAGACAAACAAGGAAUUAAAGAAGAUAUGAUUCUCAUUACAUCUUUGGUGGACAUGUAUGCCAAAUGUGGAGACAUAGAUUCAGCUCACAGAUUGUUUGAUGCAACAAUGGACCGUGACAUUUCAAUGUGGAAUGCCAUGAUAUCUGGUUUUGCAGUGCAUGGUCAUGGUGAGACAGCAUUGAAACUGUUUGAAGAAAUGCAAGCACUAGGGGUUCUCCCUAAUGACAUUACAUUCAUUGGCGCUCUUCAUGCUUGUAGUCACUCAGGAUUGUUGCAAGAAGGGAAAAGGCUGUUUCACAGAAUGGUUCAUGAAUUUGGACUUGUCCCAAAAGUUGAACACUACGGUUGUGUGGUGGAUCUUCUUGGUAGAGCUGGAAUGCUUGAUGAGGCACAAGAACUGAUUAAGAACAUGCCUAUGAGGCCAAGCAUGGCUGUGUUUGGGUCUCUUCUUUCUGCAUGCAAGCUUCACAAAAAUCUCAAACUAGGAGAAUGGGCAGCAGCACAGUUUCUCUCAUUGGAACCUCACAAAAGUGGGUAUAAUGUUCUGAUGUCAAACAUAUAUGCAUCAGAAAGGAAAUGGGGUGACGUUGCAUACAUAAGGAGAGGUAUGAAGGAUGAGGGAAUUGUUAAAGUACCGGGUGUUAGUUCCAUUGAAGUGAAUGGAUCACUUCAUGAAUUCAUAAUAGGAGAUAGUGAUCACCAAGAUGCCGAGAGAAUUUAUGAAAUGGUUGAUGAGAUAAGGAGAAAACUGGAAGAUGUUGGAUACACCUGAUGGAGAUCUCACGUCGAUUAGCGAUAAAAGGAUUUCAUAGCAUAUAAGUGAUGGAAAUUUCUGAAGUUUUGUAAAUUUUUUGUUUCUGAAGUUUUGUCUAACUUGGAAGUUGUUGGAUAUGUCCGUCGAUUUGAACUUACAUGGAAUUGCUUCGUCACAUUUCUUUCGUGUUGUAAAAUGUGGAUGCUACUGUUAUUGCUUGUAAUUAAUUAUUGUGGCUGUAUGCUGUUUGUUA